AUGGCGGGUAACGGUACAGCCAAAGCAGGAAGCUUCCUCGCUUUCCUAGUCGAAGACAUGCAAAAGUCGACUUCCUCGUACGCUACAGUGGUGGUUCUCCUCGUCUUUGCGAUCCUCGUACACAAGUUCUCGUCACCCGAGCUGGACGGCCGCGAGCCGCCGGCGAUGAAGCCUCGGAUGCCCGUCAUCGGGCACUUGAUUGGCAUGAUUCAGUACCAGAGUCGGUACUUCAAGGUCUUGGAGCGCCGCAAUAUGGGCAUCGCGACGCUGCCUAUUCUCAAUGGCAAAGUGUACGGCAUCUGGGACCCAAUCCUCAUCCAGGCAGUCUAUCGAAACCGGAACCUGUCGUUCGAGCCAUUCGCGGUUGAGUUUGCGCAGAGAGAAUUGGGCUUCAACAACGAGACGCUCAAGAUCAUUGAAGGUGGCAGCUUGUUGCCUGAGUUCUUUGAGGGUAUCCACGUCGGCAUGGCUGCGGAUAACCUGCAUCGGAUGAAUACCACCGCGCUUUCCUAUGUGUCUGAUGCGCUCGACGACCUCUGUAAUGGGAGUGAAGUUUACGAGACGGCCAACUUCUGGCUUUGGAUGCGAGACUUGAUGACUAUGGCGACUACGGAAGCAUUGUUUGGCCCCGGGAAUCCGCUGAGGAAGGACGCAAGCCUGAUGAAGGAUACCUGGAUCUUCGAAUCGGACCUGCCAGUGUUGAUGCUGGGCAUCGCGCCAUCGAUUACAGCGCGCAGAUGCUAUCAAGCGAGAGCACGGCUUCAAGCGGCGCUGGGCGAGUACUACGGAAGCGACGGGGACUCGCACAAGGACACGUCGCAGAUCGUUAAGAACCGUGCCAGCGUUUUGCGAGCUCACGGUAUCCCGGGCAAGGAAGUCGGAAUAUUUGAGGUUGCGCUGCUGCACGUAGCCACGUCCAACACCAUCCCGACAUUAUUCUGGUUCAUGGUGCACGUAUUCAAGAGUCCCGAGCUGGUACGCCGUUUGAGGGACGAACUCUUGCCGGUGGCGCAACAUGGAGGCAGCGGGGAGGUUACCCUUGAUAUUGGCACCCUCGAAGACCGGUGCCCAUUACUUGUCCGCUGCUAUCGCGAGGCGGUUCGCAUAUCUAGCAAGGGAAUGGGCAAUAGACGCGUGCUGGAGGACACGACGAUAUCGGACGGCAACGGAAGAUCGUACCUCCUCAAGAAGGGUUGCAACGUGCAACUGUCUUCUCAAGUCAGUCACAGCCUGGAGAAGGUGUGGGGGCAGGAUCACGAAUCGUUUGAUCCAGAUAGAUUCAUCGUCAAGACUGGAAAGGAGAACUCUGAGACGGAGAAGUUGAAACGGGCGGCCUAUAUCCCCUUUGGCGGCGGGAGACACCUGUGUCCUGGACGUAACUUUGCGUUUGCAGAAAAUCUUGGUUUUGUGGCAUCGCUGCUGCUUGGAUUUGAGGUCGUGCCUCUGGACGGGAGCAUGGAGCCGACGGUCGAGGUGCCUGAUGCAGCGGAGUGUUCGAUGACGGGAGCCGCAGUGAAGCCCGCGAAUGAUGGCGAGGGCUACGGAGUCCGAGUUCGGAGGAGAGAAGGAUGGAAAGGCGUGAAAUGGCGGUACAUUAGCUGA